AUGGAGAAGAUCUGGGACAGGAGGCUCCACAUGAGUCAGUGGAGCAUCCACAAGUGUUCGGGGUUGACUGUUGGGCGGAGCACACACACCUGCGGGCAGUUGAGCAGCACUGGGCCCCGCUAUAAGAACUGCGCUCGAACAGCGGGAGGAUGCCAGAGUGUUACCGUUGUGGUUCACUCCCUGAGCGCUGACGUCUCCUCUCGUGCUCCUGCGAGCUCUCCCGUGAUCCCUCUCGUGCUCCACUGGUUACCUUCUGAGUCGGCUUCCCCGGACCCAAGGUACCCCUCUGACGAUCUUCUGGUUCCUCCCGCUGUUCUGAUCCCUUGGAUUCCCCCGGUGCUGCUCGGACCCACUCCUGCCCCAGCUUCCCACGGACACCCGUCUCCUCCACCGUGUGCUAGGCUGAGACCGCACUGCCCCCUCCCCGGUCAGGUUCCCAGCGCUUCGUGUGUGUUCCGGUUCCCUGGUCCCCGUUCGUGUGCCCCAGCGUCUGCUGUGGCAGAUUAGCUCUCGUCCUCCCCGUUGUUCCUUGUAAAUAAAACCCGUGAAGUC